GAAGAGCUCUGCAUACCUUUGUUUACAGUAUUAAUAAGCUUGGCUGGUUAUGGGUGAGCGAACUGGAACUUUUGUGUUCUUGUCCCUGAUCCCAGUUAUGCUUGGCUUAGCCCUGUGUUCCAGCAAUGAACUCUCCUUCAGUAUGAUUGGAUUCAUGUGUGCCUUGACAACUAACCUUUGUGAAUGUGUGCAGAGUGUAGUCUCCAAGUCACUACUCUCUGAUGGUACUUACAGAUACAAUCCAGCAGAACUGCAGUUUUAUCCAAAUCUGGCUGCAGUUAUAUUCCAGCUGCCAACUUGGUACUUCCUUGUGGAUUUCAAGAAGUUGAGUACACAGAUGAAUCAUGACUUAGCAUUUGCUAUUUUCCUUGAUGGGGUAUCAUUCCAUGGUCAAACAAUCACUGCAUAUGUGUUAAUGUCAUAUGUAAACCCUGUCACUUACAGUGUGGCAAAUACAACAAAGAGAGCAUUUUUAAUAUGGCUGUCUGUGCUGUUGUUUGGAAACCCAGUGACACUCUGGAGUGGUGUUGGAACUGGGGUUGUGAUUGCAGGAGUUCUUUUAUAUAGCAAAGCACGAGAAGUGGAUGCAAGGAGGCGAGAGCAGUUCUCCAUUACUCAAGAUAAAUUAUCUGUGAUUAGAUAAAACUUGAACAUUUUAGUGUCAUUACAAAUUUAUAUUUUAUAGGAUUUUAAAAGAUUUGUAAUAUUUGUACUUAAAAACGUAGACGAGGCUGCUUAGGUUUUUAAAAAGAAAUUUUCUGAUAGUAGAAAUGAUAUGUUGGACUUUACUUGCCACAAUAUAGAUAGUAACUUUUAAUUAACACUACUCAUAGGUGCUGUUUCCUCGUAAUGUUCAAGCAGCAUUGUAUAAUUUGAGCUGAAAUAGCUGCUGAUUUAGAAAUAGGAACUAGGCAGGUUCCUAGUACUCUUCAUAUGAAAAUUCAGCAAAUAUUAUUUGUUGGAUGUGUAUAAAUAUACCUGUUUUUAUAAAACAAUAAGUGGUCGGUUUUAUGAUUGAAUAUUGCCUAGCUGUUAUUAUUAGUGAACACUAUUGUAAUUUGUUAAAAUACAUUCUAUAACUGAGAAUAGAAAUAGUCUGGAUUCAUAUGUUUAAAAAAAAUGUUACAAUGAAACACGAAUGAAGAGUGUUAAGUAAUUUUCUAUACAGAAAUGAAUUUUGGGUAGCUUCAUUUCUCCAAGAAUUAUGAUGGAUUUAUCUUAGAUUUUUAUGUGUCAAAUUAUUUUGUUGGCAAGUUUUAAUUAUUUUGCAUUGUAUUUUGUAUCCUGUAGCAAAAAUUUGUAUUCUCUUCAUUGCAACUAGCACUGUAUUUAUUUAUGACAGAAUAUUGUUUGGACUGAUGUAGUUACGACUUUUAAAUAGAAAAGCUGCAGUUGUCCUACAUUCUGAAGGAAGCAAUGCACUGUUUUAAAUAAUUUAAAAUAAACCUGAUUAAAAAGAUAUUCCCUUACACAUUUUUUAUGAAGUUGUUACUUAUACUUGAUUUGUUAACAGUAAAGCUGUCUGUAAUACAGUUGAUUUUAUGUCUUUUUGGUUUGUUAAUCGUAAGGGUGUUUAAAAUGCAAUUUUAUGAUACACUGAAUUUCUGAUUAUAGAAGUUUUCUUUUGAAAGUAUGAAGUGUAACAAAACAUUUUUACUUGUAAGCCUCUGUCAGCAGAAUUCCUAACAGCUGUGAUGCCAAAAAUAAGUGUUGAGAACACUUAAUAUACUUUUAAUGAAAUCUGUGUAAGUUGGAUGCUGUUCUGAAUUCACAAUAUAAUCCCGUGGACCAUGUAAGUACAAUAAAAAAGAUGCUAAUGGUUUUUCUUCUAAGCUGUUUAAUAUUUGAUUUUUAGUUCAGUGAAGAAACGUAAUGGACCAUGUUUAAACAUAUUGGAUAUCAUAGUGUGUUUUGUUUUUUGCAGGUGGUUGGGAUGGUAGAUCGCUACAUAUUCAUUUAAUUUUCUAUGUUUGCACAGUUUUCAUUGAUUUAGUCUAAAGAACAUUCCACUAGACAUUUUUUAAUACUUCUUGUCCUUCUUCAGUUUGAUGAUGUCUUCUUAAAACUGUUUGUUGAAUUUAGUAUUAUUUAAUUUGUAAAUAUGGAUUUUUUUUUAUUUUUAAGCCAUUUUGAUCAUAAUUAGAGGUUCAGUAUUUUAUAGCAAAUGAUUCACAAUUAUAGGUACAUAUACAGUAUAUAUAUAUAUGAAUAAAUUAUACAUACUGAGAAGAAAUAGUUCAGAGAAAAAUGCCUGAAGGAAAACAAAUACUGUACUACCAUAGUUGUAUGUAGACCAGAGCUAUGGAAAAGGGAGUGGUUUAAAAUUAAUUUUUUCACUUGUGCAAAACCAUCACUACAUAAAUCCCAUGAAGUUUGUAUGUUUUUUACAAUGUUUUACAGUGGAAAUCAUAAGAAAAGUACAGGUAAAGUCAAUAAUGGAAGAUUCUGAACCACUGGGUCUUGAUUGUUGCUAACCAUCUUCGAAUUGUUUUGCUAAUUAGACAUCACAGUCUUCCACUGAUCUGCUGAAGAGUUCUUUUACUUUUUGUCUUUUGAUACUCUGAGAACCAGAACUAGGUGUCUUUUCUGAAGAUGAUUUAGAACCAACAGGUCUUAAAGAAUCAGUUAUGUUAUUUUCCGUAUGAGGUGCAACACACUGCCUGCUAUGGUAGAUGGAGUUUUCUCUUCUCUGAUCUAUUUCCUGUAUGGUAUCUGUAUAUAAAACAUAUUUAUAAAUUUUUCUCGCUGAAAAUAUUUUUAAAGUGCAGUAGUGUUUCUCAGGUUAGAUGUAUCUUUCGAAAUACAGGGUUCUCUUUUUGCACUCUGUGGGUGCUUAGCCCUGACAAGAUUAUUAUGACUCAUAUUAAAAUGCCAGUCUCUCUUUCUGUCUCUCUCUCUAAUAGUAUAUCAAGGUUGUCAAUGUUAUUUAUUGAAGAGUAAAGUAGAAUAUGACAAUGAAAUUCCUGUCUUACAGGUUCUCAAAUAAGUUUUGUUGGUGCUGUCAUGGAUUAGUGUAUUCCAUAUUACCAGAAUUAUAUUUUUCUUGGACCUUUUGUCAUAUGUCUUCAAUUAUUAUUUAUGCAAAUGUCAAUGUUUGGUGGAUAAUGAGAUAUAUGGCAAAUUCUGUACUGGAGGCUCAAAUACAGUUCAUAAAAAAAUAAUUCUCAAUACUCUAGGUUCAUACUUAGCUGUAAUAUGGAAAUUGUUUAUACAUUCCAAGUUUGAUAAUGAACAUUAUGGUGAAAGGAGCAAUAAUUAGUCAUUAUUUAUUGUAAUUCCAUGUUUAUUGUAUGCCAAGUUAAUGAAAUAUUUUAGAAUUAUA